AUGGCAGAAUACAACGAGCAAUACGGUAGCCAAGGGCAAAUGCACAAGACUGAUGAAUAUGGCAACCGUGACCAAGAAACCGGGGGUAUGGGUACUGGUGGAACCUAUGGCACUCAUCAAGGAACCGGUAUGGGGGGCAUGGGUGCCACUGGUGGAGAAUAUGGUACUCAUCAGGGUACCGGUAUGGGUACCGGAGAAUAUGGAACCCAAGGUACUGGUAUGGGGGGCAUGAGUACCGGAGAAUAUGGAACUCAAACUGGUACUGGUGGAAUGGGUACUGGCACUGGUAUGCAUACUCAGCACCAUGAGGGACAACAGCUUCGUCGAUCUGAUAGCUCUAGCUCCUCUGAGGAUGAUGGACAAGGAGGGAGGAGAAAGAAGGGGAUGAAGGAGAAGAUAAUGGAGAAGAUUCCAUGUGGGCAUGGCCAACAGGAAGGUGAUCAAUACACUCAACAUGCACAAACAACUACUUAUGGUACUACUGAAGGUACUACUGAAGGAGGAGAGAAGAAGGGAAUGAUGGACAAAAUUAAGGACAAGAUCCCUGGGAUGCAUUGAACAUGUUGAUCACCUUUGUUUUCAUUUCUAGCUUUAUAGCAACAAAUAAGAGUCUAGCAAUUGAUUAGUGCUUGA